CCCCUUUGUAUUUAUUAUUAUCCGCACUAGCCAGAUGGCAGGGAGAAGCUGGGCAAGUAGCAGCAGUGUGCUGCCUGUAUGGUACUGCUGGCUGGACGUUUCUUUCUCACGUAUCUCAGCCAGCCGGUGCUGACACUCACGGCUACAGAGCCAGGAACUCUCCGGCAGCUUGGCGCAGCAUCCGGCACUCGCAUCGCAGAUUUACCAGGCGUUUUAUGUGCCUGUUGAUAGGCGCUAAUUUAGAAAGGUUCUUUGUCUUUUGUGAGUAUUCUGUGUGGAGGUGGCCAUACAGACCCGCACUUAGCGGUAGGCUAGCUGUAUCCUAGCGGUACGUGAGGCACAAUAGCAUGCUGGGAAACUAGCCUGGAACUCUCAGUUGGACUUGUCACUGGCUGCAGAACUGCCUCCGAACUGCCCUAGGCACUCACACUCGCACUCACACUCACCCACCUUCCCCUUCUCAGGCACAAGCGGCUAUGGGCUCGUUAAAGAUCUGGGAGCAUCUUCAGGCAGGCAGCUCAGAAGUGGACUGGUGCGAGGAUAAUUACACCAUAGUGCCUACCAUCGCUGAGUUCUACAAUACGAUCAGCAACAUUUUAUUUUUUGUGUUACCGCCCAUAUGCAUGUGUCUGUUCCGUCAGUACGCAACCUGCUUCAACAGUGGCAUAUAUUUAAUAUGGACUCUGCUGGUUGUUGUCGGUAUUGGGUCAGUAUAUUUCCACGCAACCCUCAGUUUUAUCGGGCAGAUGCUGGACGAGUUGGCUAUCCUGUGGGUGCUAAUGUCUGCAUUAGCCAUGUGGUUUCCUAAAAGACACCUACCAAGGGUAUUUCGAAAUGACAGGUGGAGGUUUAAAGCAGUUGUUGGGGUGCUUUCAGGAGUCACCACAGCCUUAGCAUUUAUCAAGCCUGCCAUUAACAACAUAUCCCUGAUGACACUGGGGAUACCUUGUACUGUCUUACUCAUUGCUGAGCUCAAGAGAUGUGACAACAUGCGGGUUUACAAGCUUGGCCUAAUGUCUGGAUUAUGGUGGAUGAUGGCAUUAGCCUGUUGGAUCAGUGACAAGGCAUUUUGUGAAAUCUGGUCAUAUUUUAACUUCCCCUACCUCCACUGUGUAUGGCACAUCCUUAUCUGUCUGGCUGCUUAUCUGGGCUGUGUCUGCUUUGCUUACUUUCACGCCGCAUCUGAAAUCCCAGAACAGGGACCUGUCAUCAAAUUUUGGCCUAGUGAAAAGUGGGCCUUCAUUGGGGUGCCUUAUGUGACUUUACUCUGCGCUAACAAGAAAUCACCCAUGAAAAUUACAUGAAUUCUGGCAAGGAAAUCAAAUGGAAAUCUACUCUUUCACCUGGAAAAGCUCAUAUUGGAAUUUUUCCUAUAAAUCCUAUGAAUAAGAGCUGGUACUGAUUAAUUUUUCAUCCUCCUAGAAAGUCCUUAUGUGCAGCAGUGCUGUAACCGCCAUCAAAUUAUGUGUUGGCAAAUAUUUAUUUACAAGUAUUAUGUUAGUUGUGUGUACAUAGUAAUAGAUGGUAGUACAUUUACCUCCACAUUAUGCUAUGGUAUCACACGAUGGGACGCAUUUAUUUUUCUCACAUAAUGAAUCAAAUCUAUUGCACGUCAGAGACCAUUUUUCAACAGAGCAUGACAUACAGAGAGCAUUUAUUGUGCCAUUAGGCGGUGGAGACAUCAUGUGCAGCACAGAAUAUGCUGCAUUUAACCGCAGAAACAAUGACUUUGCUUUGCUUUGGAUUGUUCUAUUUCCAUAGCUACUUACUAUAGGUUAGGCUAGAAAAUCUUUAAAGAUGUUUUGGAUUGAGUAUGGCAGGUACAUUUUAUAAGGCUGCCUGGUCUAAUUUGAAAUGGUUAAAGGAGGCACAAGAUGUCAGUCUCUGACUGAUGGUGGUUGAAGUUCAUGGAAAAAUCCUCUGACUGAAAGAUUAAGGGGUGUGUUUACGAAGACUGGAGAUAAAUUUCAAAUCUAAUUUCUGAUUGGUUGCUAUGAGCAACACCACCAGUGAUAUUUUUUAUCCAAUCUUAGUAAACACACCAUCCUAAGACCAUUUUUUUUUAUAUUACAGAACUUCGCAGGUCAUGGCACAAAGUUGCAUGCAACUGUCAGAAAGCUUAAUUCCUGUAACCAAUGAGCAAUUACUAUUUCUCAGCCUAGUGCACUUUAAAUAAUGAAAACAUUGAGUGAUUGGUUGCUUUAUCUGGUUGUUUUGAACUGGAACAAAAUUGUAUCUGUUAGUUAAGGAGAUUUACUGAGUAUUUUUGGGAAAGUAAUUUAAUUCUCAAAUAGAAAUACAUUGCUUUUGCAUUACAUGAAUUCAUUUAUUAAUGGCCACUGCCAUUAGUCUUCCUAUACUGACCAAUGAAAUGUGUGCCCUUACAAUAUGACCCUGGAGACACAAUAUUGGGUAUUGCAAGCUUCCCUCUCGGGGAAAGGUUUAAAAGGUAACUGAAAAAUAAUGGCCAUUGUUUUUUUGUUUUUUUUAAAGUCUUAUUAUUGUUAAACUUACACCAAUAAGGAAAGAAAGAGUUAAAAGUUAAUUAGUGAUUUCAGUAUUAUGACUCUCAGGUGAGAUUUCACUCAGUGUAUUGGGUUUCCUGCGUGGAACAUUUAUAUUUAUAUACUUUGUAUUUAAAAUGAUAAAAAGGGUUAAUAUAACAUUUUGUUCUCUUUUUUUUUUAAAUGGUAUAAUGGACAAAUGGAAAUCUAGUUUUGUCAAGCUUCAGAUUUACAAUAUGAUUUAAGUGCAAAUAGCUCUUAUCUCUUUUAUGAAAAGCUAUUGUAUAAAAUAAAAUGUUGAAUUCAUGCUU